UCGGUCCUGUUUACAAGGUAAUGUAGUAAGUGAGAGUGCUGGAAGUUGAAAAAUUGCAAUACUUUGACAUCCUUACUAAUAGUUAUAAGCAGGGGAACAUGCCAUCAGGAGAAGAAAUAGCCGUCAAAAGAUUGUCGAGAUUUUCACAACAGGGUCUUGAAAAGUUCAAAAACGAAGUAAUGCUGAUUGCAAAACUUCAGCAUAGAAACCUCGUAAGACUUUUGGGAUGUUGCAUUCAAGAAGAGGAAAGGAUGUUAAUCUAUGAAUAUCUACAGAACAAAAGUCUUGAUCUUUUUGUUUUUGAUCGCAGUCGAAGAACACAGUUGACAUGGCCUAAGCGUUAUGAUAUUAUGAUGGGAAUUGCAAGGGGACUGCUAUAUCUCUCCAUCACGAUUCCAGAUUAAAGAUUAUUCAUAGGGAUCUCAAAACAUGCAAUAUUUUACUAGAUGGAAAUUUAGCUCCAAAGAUAUCAGAUUUCGGCUUAGGAAGAAUAUUUG